UCAAGAGUUUGUUUUUUUUGGUUUUUGUUCGAUUUGUUUGUGUUGAAAUAUUAUACAAAGUCCUUGGUUGAAAUACGCUUAAACAAGGAACAUAAUACUCUCUACCGAGACGCUUAAAUUAAAUUAAAAAUGUCACGAUCCGGUUCCUACUGGACACGAAAGCUGGAGUUGGAGCUCAUUGAGUUUAUCAAACAACGGGAGUGUGUUUGGAAGCCAGUCGGCAACACUAACCAUGACAUUCAGAAGAAAUAUAAGGCUUACGCCGAAUUUGCUGCACUCCUAGAUCGAGGAUUUACUGCUCGAACUGUUCGCGAUCGUUGGGUCAAUAUUCGCAGCACUUUUAAUCACUAUUUGAGAAAAGUUGAGAAGUCAAAAACGCAGGACCAAUCUGGAGUUGGGUAUACACCGUGCUGGCCUUUGUGGAGACCUCUUCAGUUUUUAAGAGAAGGCACAGAUAAAGGCAUAGGAGGUAUCAUGAACUUCAAUGCAUCCCAUAACAACUUUCAAGAAGACCAAUCAUUGCUAAUAAAAAGGGAGUGUCAAUCUGAUUUGGAGGACAACAUCAUCAGCCUCCGUCAGUGGAACCAGAGAACAGACAGGCCAAGAAACAAACUCAAAAAGAAAAUAUCUACAAAACCAAAGAAAAAGGAUGUAUGUAAAAAUGUAUUAGAUAAUCUGUUAAUAGCACUGAGACCGUUAGCUGAAGGUACAGAGGAAUCUGUUGGAAACCAAAGUUACUGGUUUUUUGGUAGACAUGUAACAGAAAGAUUGAAUGAAAUGUCGGCUAACAAUGCAGAUAAUGCUUGCAGAGAGAUUAUGGCAAUAUUAGCAGGAGAAGAUGUUGACAAAUAUCAUGUAACAUGAUUUUUAAGCUUAUGUUGAUAUUUUUACUUAUUAUAUAAAAAAUUUAAAUCCAAGAUUCAUACAAUCAGUAGUAGCCUGGUUGACUGAACACAUUGUCAAAAAAUGUACAGUAAUAUUUUACUCAUAAAAAAUGUAUAAUUUGCAUUCAAUGAGGGCUGCUUCCCACAUUCAUGGUCAUAGCCAUGGCAGACAUGCGGACGACGAAUCAAGUAGGUACAUUUGAAUAAGUAUUAAUUAUACCUAUGGCUUUGUGUACAAACUACACUGUAAGUAAUUAUUAAAAGACCAAAAUGUGUUUUAGUAUUUAUUUAAAAAAUAUUUUUUUAUUUAUUGAACUGGUUCUAUUUCCCAUUCAGAAAGCCAACUAACAACACAUACAAAAAAAUACAUAAUAUAAAUUGUCACAUUCAAAAUCCAUAUUUUAUGGCAAUCAGUUGUUGUAAAUUCUUUAAGUUUUGUAGAUAAGGGCAUGCAUACAUGCUCAAAUUCCUAUAUAUAUAUAUUAUUUAUAGCUUAGUCAAGAUAAAUAAACAACUUCAUAAGUAGCUUUAAACUUUUAACAACCCAACAUUGUUGGAAUGAAUAAAAAGCGGUUUGUGAGUUUGACAAGGUACAAAAGUGUUACACCUACUUAUGAAACUGACUGUAAUAUCAUUUAUUAUAACUUAAAAAUAUAUCAAUUUAUUAAAAAUAACGUGGAGGUUUUUAAUGACUAAAUAGUAAAGAUACCAAAUCAAUCCAACUAUCCUAGUACUUUGUACCUACUCCUAAAUAUAAUAUGGGCUUUACAUAAGAAUGUAUUGUAUUGUAGAAAGCAAGCAUACUUUUGCAAGAUUUUUAUUUACAGAAUUGAAGUAGACGACUGCAAUUUUUAAAGCUAGUCUAAACCCCACACGCAGAGCAAGACUAGUGAUGACAAAAGGGAGGUAAGCUUUCGGUAUCGUACAAAAAAUAGAGAAUGCGAUACGUAC